AGCAGGGAAACCCCGCUCGCCGUUCAUUCAUAAAAAAACAUUAUCAGAGACGCUUGGCUGCUGAAGGUGUAAACAUAUCGAUACUUUCCGCCCUCUUCUUUUCAUCACUUACUAUUAAAAGUGCAGAUGAAUGGAAAUGUAACCACGCCGCUGAUCUGAUGUAGGAAGGGUUAACAAAUGGCUCUGAAAGGUUCACAGUCCGGCCCCGUUCUCAAUCAAUGAGACGUGACCUAUAGCUGAAGACUAAUUCAUGCCGGAUGAUUAUAAAUAUCAAGCGCAGACUUCACAGGCUUCACUCCGCAUCUUUUUCUCUGAGACUCCAGCGCUGAAGAGGAACCUGCCGCUAUGAAAGAUUUAAGGACUCUUGCGGCGUACGCACUUGCGCUGUUACUUCUUGCAACAUUUGUGUCCCAUUCCUGGAGCGCACCCAAGGGCAGUUUUCAGCGUCGGAAUUGGACACCCCAAGCUAUGUUAUAUCUGAAAGGCACACAGGGACGGCGCUUUGUGUCAGAAGACAGAAAUGAAGGGGACCUGUAUGAUACAAUACGCUUAGAAUCCCGCAGUCAAAACACAGAAAACCUGAGCAUCUCUAAAGCAGCGGCGUUUCUCCUGAACAUCCUCCAGCAGGCCAGAGAUGAAGACGAGCCGUACUGAAGAACAUCAGCUCAACACCGCCAGCUUUCAGCUUCUCUAAUGUGCCGUUAUUUGUGUUUGUUUCAUUCCACCGGGACUGAUUAUUUAAGGAAUACAGCAGAGACUGAUAGGGAGGUAUUUCUCGCUUCCUAUGGAUUCAUUUCAGCUGAUAUAAUGAGUUGUUUUUAUUCAAGACGUAUCAACUUGGAAAAGAGAUUAUUUACGGCGAGUGCGAUUCUGUGUAAUAUAAAUGAACUGUACAGUUUCUGUUUUUCUUCCUUUUGAGUUUCUCAUGUUAAAAAAUCGACACUUGAUGCUCUGUAAAAUACAUAUUUGAGAAUGUCUGAACAUUUUCUCUAUCAAUUAAACUAAAUUUGCACUGAC